UUGAAACAAGCGCUUAUGGCAGCUAAUGAAUACCGUAGUUACCUGCGGAACCACUUUGAAAUGGAGACCGGUCAGCCGCGAUUUCAUGCUGCCCAAAGCACUGCCCCGACUUAUAGAUCAUUUAUUUUUGGAACGCUAGCGGUAAUUGGAUUGUUGCAGGUCGCAUCAAGUGUUGCAAUUUUGUUACACUUAACUGGGUAUCUACGCGAGGUAGACAUUUCCUCAACCCAACAGAAACCAUUAGAGGAGAUUAGAACGGAACCAUACCUUGCAGAUGCCCUGAAAGAUCAAAGGAAAAGGACAAAAUGCCCCAAAAAGAGAGAAGUGAUCCCUGAGGCACAUCUUCCUAUAAGAGGACCUAUAGACUUUUCCAAUACAGAAGAUCAGAAGACUGUUAUGAUCCACUGGAGCAAUGAGUAUGGGCGGUUGAAGAAGAUCAAAUAUAAUGAUGGGCGGAUUCUGGUGGAAAAAGGUGGAUUAUACUAUGUUUAUGCCAAGACCUGCUUCAGGCACUAUUUACAAUCUGCUGCAGAUGUGAAGCAGCCAGAUGUGAGCAAUGCCCAGUUGAUUCAAUAUGUUUACCAUGAGAAGCACACCCAGUCUACUAUCAAACCUAUCCUGCUCAUGAAGAGCGGUAGUACCAUGAGGUGGGAUGACAAACACUAUAAUAUGUACUGUGUGCAACAAGGGAGGGGUAUCCACCUCAGUCAAGGGGAUGGAAUCUUUGUGAAUGUGUCAAACUCAUGGUUACUAGACCCAGAACCAGAGGGUAGUUACUUUGGUGCGUUGAAAUUGGGCACCUCUAAUGAACUCUGUUAAAAUAUCAUGUAAAGGAGCAAUCUGGCUGAUUUUAACAUGGACCUUGAUUGCUAGCUACCGAACUGGAGUAGCUGCAGCUAAUGGCCAGUGUUCCCAAUAAACUACUAGCUAGGUCUGGAAGCAUUCUCUUGAAGUGCCUUUUGCCUCUUAACAACUCAGAAUGGCAUUAAAACUUCUGUGCAACAGAACAAAAUGUGCUUUCUACUCAUUUGUUUUGAAGAAACUGUUUAAAUUCAAAGUUUGUACGGUCACAUCUGCACACUAGCCUACUCAGCAACAACUGAAUUUCCCAUGAUACUUCAGCGCAAGAAUAGAGCUAGCUUUCAGUAACAUUCAAGCUCAGGCAUCAUUUGGACCGUUUCCAUGUAGUUACAUUAGAAUAGAAUAGAAUAGAAUAUAUACUUUUUUGAUCCUGUGAGGGAAAUUCAGUUUUCUGCAUUUAGCCCAAUUUAACCGAAUUAGUGAACACACAGUGAGGUGAAUCACACAACCCAGAGCAGUGAGCUGCCUGCCCAACCAGCGGCGUUCGGGGAGCAGUGAGGGGUUAGGUGCCUUGCUCAAGGGCACUUCAGCCGUGGACUGGUUGGGGAUCGAUCCGAUGACCACCAUUAAUAUGGUAGUCAUAAUCAUUACAGUGCUCAAUUACCUAUUUUUGAAGUUGUCAUUACAAAGCCGGCAUGAGCUCGACAACAAACUCUUUUGGGCUUUCCUGGAAGUGACUGAUGGAAACUGAGUUAAUGAGACAGUACAAACUUUAAUAAACGUUUCCAUUCAAUGAGCUGCAAACACACUGUUUUGUUGUGUAAGGGCUCUGUUCAUGAUGCACAGAACUGACAUGAUGAGUCUGUAAAGAGGCAAAAAGGCACGUUUAGAUAAUGCCCCCAGAACUAGCAUUGUAGCUAAUUGGGAGCACUGGCCAUUAGCUGCAGCUACUCCCAGUUCUGUUGCGCCAAUUUUGAGUCUUUUUUUCCCCCCUAUCGACAGUACUUGGCGAUGUCUAGCGAUCAAGAUCCAUGUAAAAAUCGUCCAGUUUUCUCCUUUAACAGUCUUUUGAACUUCUAAAAAAUAUUAUUUUAUAAACCACUGAAUUGAUGUAUUGCGAUUAGUAACAGCAGAUGCAACCGCAAUCAUCAGUGACACAGAAACAGUUUCAUUUUGAAACAACCGUCUCUGUUCACACAUAAUUUGGUAUAAACAACCUGAAAAGUUUCUCUCAUAUUCUACAUCAUUUUGUCCGUCAAAAUUCAAAAGUACUGUUAUGUGUCAUUUGUUGCAGUACUGUUUAGAAUGAUUUUCACUGACCGCUGUUAACCGCAUUAUAACAUGCAUAUCUCGCCUUCAUGGUAAACAAGGAGAGGCCCAAAGAAAAGGCCAUUAAACAAUGUGAACAUGUCCAUGAUUAAAUGUAUCAACUCGAUCAAGGGCUGAAAUGUAAUCAAUCCCCAUUUUUGAAAACAGUACUUUGUUCUUUUGUUAGCGGUUUAUUUAUCUUUGUAGUCCAUUUGCAAGCAUACUGUAUAUAGCUCGCAAAAAUGUAGCCAUGUGAUCUACUGUCACAUUUCCAAAGGGCUGGAAAUGGAAGUGUUAGCGUGAGACUGUGUAUGAGUACGUAACUGAAAAUGCACCACAUGGUUGUGAAUUAAAUACAUAAAUUGGAUAUAAAGUUAUCAAGUUUACAGCAAAUUCAUGUAGUUAAUGAUUCCAUGUCAAAGAAAUAGGGAUGGAUAUCUGGAAUUUCUAGAUAUCUGCACAAGAUGGAAUAGGGAUCCAAGUUCUUUUUCUCAAUGACUUUCUCAACCUUAUGAGUUCUGAUUUAUACAUGUGGCCUUUUGCCCACAAGGUGUUAUUGUGGCACAUUUACUGUUGUACUUGUAAUCAGGGUAAGUGGUACAUUUUAUGGGAUGUAUUUACAAAGGAUGGCAGAAAAAGUCUUGGCUCACCUAUUGCACAGAAUUCUAUCCUGCAUUAUAAGGAGACAUCAAAAUGUAAGAUUUAAGAUAGCUGGACUGUCUGUUUGUCAGUGUAACAGCUGAAAUCACUGACUAAUAUGUGGAACCAAAUUGACUUUGGUACACUGUUAAUUUAAAAUGUAUGCGUUUCUUUCUCUUGUACCUCACUGAGUGUGCAAGGGAAAAUGCACUAAAGUAUUUAUUUAUUUGAUAUUCUGAAAUAGAUCAUUACUAAAUGUUCUAUUGUAAGUAAACAUGUGCAUUUGUUUUCUGCUUUUCUGUAGUUUGUUUUCAGAAGAUGUCUUCUUUUGGUCAAUUUACCUUUUUUCUGAUACACAGUGCCUCUGUUUGAAAGCUUAAGUGAGUGGUUUCUCAAUUGAGGAGCUUAUGUAUUUAUCUUCACAUGACAAUUCUGUGUGCAAAUCCUCAGUCAAAAACAGAACAUUUUAGUUUUUUUUAAAAAAAGUUGCUUAAUAUUUCAAAACAAAUGUUGUUAAAUAAUAUGUUUAUUUAUAUCAUUUUAAUUAAUAAAGUACU